AUGAGACCUAGCGCGCGCGGCGACGGCGGACUGACGACGCGCGCGCGAGCGACGACGGCGCGCGAACGCUCUCAGGGAGCGAAGGCGCAAUUACCCAAAGAGUUAUCAUGGAUCCCCGAUCUCGUGCACGGCGCGUUCUUCGCGCCGUGCGACGUGCACAGCACGGGGAGCAAAGGCGAGCAAGUCAAUUUGUUCUCGUUAUCGUCACGACGCUCGAUGUGUCCGGCGUGCGCGGCGGAGCGCGACGUGUUCGACACGAUACAGAUUCGAAGGAGUUCGUAUCAUAACGUCGUGCGCGUGCAAGACGUGUGUAAGCUCAUGGACGUGACGGGUAUACAGACGUACAUCAUCAACUCGGCGCGCGUCGUGUUUUUAAACGAACGCCCGCACCCGCGGUCGACGAAUAAAAAAGACGGGGAAAAGCUGAUGAAUCAUUCGUCGUCGAGCGGGCGCGGCGCGGGGAGUGGCGAACGAUAUCGCGCGGGCGCGGGCGCGCAGGCGCAAAUGCACUCGGAGUGUUCGUAUUGCGCGCGCAUUCUUCAGAGCGACAACAACAAGUAUUGCUCGAUUUCGUGCAAGAUGAACGGCGGCGAAGAUAUGAGCGCCAAGGGCGGGAUAGACAUGUCGUACGCGGAGGAAACGAUCAAGCCGACGCCGCGGAAGAGUACGCAGGCCAAAAAUGCCGCCAAGGCUGAGAAGGCGAAUAGCGACCGACGGUCACCGGCUCGAAACAAGUCACCCGCGAGCGACACUAGCACCAAGCGCGCUCGCGGCUAUUCGCCCGUCUCGGUGAAGAGCGAAGACGAAUACUCGCCCUCGAGCGAAGGCGCGACGCCGAUGCGAGCGGUGGCGGCGGCGACGACUGGGAAACGUAAAUAUAGCUCAAAGGAUCGAAACGGCGACGCGCCGGUGACGCCGACGCUUCUCAUCGUCACGCCCGCGGUGCCGCAUCGGCGCAAGAGUAAGCCGAAAAAAUCGCCUCACUGA